UAUAUACAACAUACUUACAAUAUACAUUACCAACUCAAAAAUCACACAUCAACUUGAUUAUUCAUGACUUCUUACGUUCCAUCUUCUCAACCUGACAAGAAUUUCAGUCUAUAUAUUUAUUUCCCAUCUAACCAUAGUUCCUAUAAUCCUAACGCAAUUUCCCCAAACAAAACAACAACCAAGAAAACGUAUAUACUAAAUCAAGAACAUAGCACAACUCCUACACCAUAAGCAUCAUCGGUGCUAAUUAUAUAUGGAGAACGAUAUAUGCAAGAAAGGAUCAUCAAUCUCAAGAAACUCAUCGGUCGGAUAUUACUAUCAGCAGAGGUUGGAAGGUGUUCCGUUCAAGUGGGAGAUCCAGCCAGGGACUCCCAUUAAUACUCAGCCGGUGGGGAUUGUUCCUCCGAUCAGUCCUCCUCCGGCGAUGCUCAGCCGCAGCUUCCCUAAGCCAUACAUCUCCGUCGAAGAGCCAAAGCAUUUCGCUUUUCCAUCGAAGCUGAAGCUGCGGAAUUGGAAGCAUAUUCGUUGCAAGAGAUAUUUCUCUAGAUUGACUAACAAAAUGGCAGAUGAACAAGAAAUUAGAAGACACCUUGUGCUUACCAAACCUUUCUCUUUGGAAGAUGAGAAAGACUCUGAACAUACAGCUUCAAAUGUCAUCCGUCGAAUCCUUAGCCUCCUCAAGAACGUACGCCCAGGAUCCGAUCUCACCAAUUUUCAGCUGCCACCUCAGCUGAACCUACCAAAAUCACAACUUCAAUGUUACGGCGAGAUGAUCUACAGCUUCAACGGUCAGGAUCUGCUCGGAGAAUGCAGUCGCCGCGAACUUCCCAUCGAACGGCUCAAAUCGGUCGUGACGUGGAACAUCUCCAAACUCCGACCAGUAAUUUUUGGCCAGGCUCCGUACAACCCUGUUAUUGGAGAGACCCAUCAUGUCUCCAACGGUCCUAUCAACGUCCUCAUCGAACAAGUAUCGCAUCAUCCUCCCGUGUCCGCACUUCAAGCUACUCACGAGAAAGAAGAUAUUGAUGUUACGUGGAUUCAAUGUUUCAUUCCUAAAUUUCGUGGUGCUUACGUGGAGAUUGAGGUAAAGGGCAAAAGGGUAAUGAAGCUUCGGAGACGCAAAGAGACUUACGAUAUGACCCAACCAAGACUAGUUAUAAGAUUAUUACCCGUGCCGAGAGCAGACUGGGCCGGUAAAAUCAAAAUAAAAUGUCCGGAGACUGAUCUCGAAGCCGAGUUACACUUGAUCUCCGAUUCUUUCAUCGAAAGAUUGAAAGGCAACAACAAUAGAUCCAUUAAAGGAAAGAUCUCUCAAUCUUCUUCCGGGAAUAAGCUCUACGACAUCUUUGGCCAAUGGGACAGAACAGUAAUGGUGAAAAAUGUGAAGACCGGUGAGCUAGAGGUUAUUUACAAUGCUAAUGAGAACAUCUCAGGACUCAAACCUCCAACUGUCAAGAAUCUGCAAGAAGUGAUGAAGACCGAGUCGGCGAUGGUGUGGAGUGAAGUAAGUGAAGGAAUAUUGAAGAAAGAUUGGGAAAGGGCAAGAGAAGCCAAAAAAGCUGUGGAGGAAAAACAGAGAGAGUCUCUGAAAGAGAGAGAGGCUUCUGGUGAGUCAUGGAUUCCCAAGUAUUUCUCGGUGGUCAAAGACUGGGACUGCAUACCGAGACAGCACGUGGUACCUCGAGCUCCACUCGUCAUCACAGAGGCGCAAGGAGAUAUCGUAAACCGUUUUCAAGAUUCCAAGAUUGUGACGAUAGCUUAAACUAUUACAAUUCCAUGCAAAAUAAAACUGAUGGAUACAAACCGAACCAUAUGGA